CCCGCCGCGAGCGGGAAGGAGGCGUGUGCCCGCGGCGCGGCCCCGAGGCGUGUGCGCGGCCAUGUGCGGUUAGCGCGGCGCGCUCUGUCCUCCUUUUCCCGGCCGCGACCCUCUGAGCCCCUCGAGUCCGGGUAAAGUGAACAGAGUUAUCUGUGACAUUCCGUCAGGCACCUUUAUGUAAGGAAGUCGUACUGUAAUAACUCGCCAUGGCGUAUGGAUUGCCAAGAAAGAACACAGUGAAAACCAUUUUGCGGGGCAGUUGUUAUAAUGUACAGGAACCUUGGGAUCUUGCACUGCUUGCAAAGAACUGGUACACAAACCUAGCCAAUAUCAAGUUGCCUUUCUUGGAAGAAAUUUCAUUUGGUGGUUCUGUGCAGCUCACAAAAUGUAACACCGUUAAAGAUGGACUGCUCCCUUCUGCAGAAUCCAUCAAACUCGAAAGGGAGUAUGAAGUGAAGCGUCUUUGUAAACUGAAAUGUCAAGAAAAUACAUCUGAGGAAAUUAAGCUUCUCCUGAGGGAAAGGCCAGCCGGUUUGAGAAGACCUCUUCCAUCUAAAUGACAGUCAGCUCAUGACUGAAUCUGUACUCUGUCUCUUGCAUCCAAAGGGGAUGAAGGUCUCUGGACGUUUCACUGUGUAAAGUUCGGGGCAGAUAUUUGAAUGCCCACUGGUGGAUGGGCCACUGCCCACAGCUGUGGGUUAAUGGCCAGCUCUGACAGAUCUUCUGAGUCCCUGACAUACUCUUGUUCCUUGUAUCACAAGCUACAGCACUGUAAGUAGAUGAAAAUGCAUUUGGAGUUGAGUCGUUUGUGCUAUUCAUUUUAAUUUUUGUAAAAUUGAACUAAAAGAAGAGGAAAUUUCUUCAGCUGCAUUGUUUUCAAAAGACAUCUUGAAUAUGCAUCUUUGAGAUCCCAAGGAGGGACCAAAAAGAAGGCAAGAGAGAAAUUCUCUUAAAAAUGAUAAACUGAAACACUUCAUUUGGUUAAGAAAAAUAAUAGACUUCAUUUUUAGUACUUCUCUAGUUUCCAAUUUCAAUGAAACAUCAUUGAAUAUUCACAUGUGGUACUUUAAAGUAGCAAGUAGGACUUACUUUGUUUUUGUUCUCCUAGAAAAAUUGUCAGGCUGGAGGUGAUGGCUCAUGCUUAUAAUCUCAGUACUUUGGGAGGCUGAGGUGGGAGACUCGCU